GUGCCGGAAGUGAGUGUGCAUUUCCGGCGGCAGGGUGGCCCGGCCUCCUGUUCCUGCUCGUGAGGGUGAACCGCUCUCUCUGUCUCCCGCUGCCUCCCCGGUCCCGGCCUCGCCAUGAAGGACGUGCCGGGUUUCCUGCAGCAGAGCCAAAGCUCGGGGCCCGGCCAGGCCGCCGUGUGGCACCGCCUGGAGGAGCUCUACAACAAGAAACUCUGGCACCAGCUGACCCUUCAGGUUCUGGACUUUGUGCAAGACCCCUGCUUUGCCCAAGGAGAUGGACUCAUCAAGCUUUAUGAGAACUUUAUCAGUGAGUUUGAACACAGGGUGAACCCUUUGUCCCUUGUAGAGAUAAUUCUUCAUGUAGUGCGGCAGAUGACAGAUCCUAAUGUAGCUCUUACUUUUCUGGAAAAGACCCGAGAAAAAGUGAAAAGCAGUGAUGAAGCUGUGAUUCUAUGUAAAACUGCCAUUGGCGCUCUGAAAUUAAACAUUGGUGAUCUACAAGUCACAAAGGAGACCAUUGAGGAUGUUGAAGAGAUGCUGAAUAAUCUUCCUGGUGUGACAUCUGUUCACAGCCGUUUCUAUGAUCUCUCCAGCAAGUAUUACCAGACAAUUGGGAAUCAUGCUUCUUAUUAUAAGGAUGCAUUAAGGUUCCUGGGCUGUAUAGAUGUCAAAGAUCUCCCAGUGGCAGACCAGCAGGAGAGAGCCUUUACUUUGGGGUUAGCAGGACUCCUUGGGGAAGGAGUCUAUAACUUUGGGGAACUGCUUAUGCACCCAGUGCUGGAGUCUUUGAGGAACACUGACAGGCAAUGGUUGAUUGACACACUUUACGCCUUCAAUAGUGGCAAUGUGGAAAAAUUCCAGGCUUUGAAGUCCGCAUGGGGGCAGCAGCCAGACUUGGCUGCCAAUGAAGCUCUUCUUCUACAGAAGAUCCAGCUGCUGUGCCUCAUGGAGAUGACCUUCACCCGACCAGCUAACCACAGGCAACUCACUUUUGAAGAGAUUGCUAAAAGUGCCAAAGUCACUGUAAAUGAGGUGGAGCUGCUAGUGAUGAAAGCCCUGUCAGUGGGUUUGGUGAAAGGCAGUAUUGAUGAAGUGGAUAAAAGAGUUCACAUGACAUGGGUCCAACCACGGGUGCUGGAUUUACAACAGAUAAAGGGCAUGAAAGACCGCCUGGAGUUCUGGUGCACAGAUGUGAAGAGCAUGGAGAUGUUGGUGGAGCACCAAGCCCACGAUAUCCUGACAUAGAGGACUUUGCACUGGCUGAGGGAAUGUCUUGUACUGUUGCUGAAACUGGCAGUGCCCUGACCACUGACUCUGUACUGAAUUAUAUUAAAAGGGGGGCUAGGGGAGGAGGGAAAGAACUACUUUUCUGAUGCUUGUACAGAGGACUAAGUGGCCUUUGCCGUGUAACCCUUUGGUGCUUGGAGUCGGGAAUUCCCUCCUAUGUGCUAAGCCAUUUGAUUAGCAUUCUCCUGGGGAGCUCCCAUCCUGCUGCCACCAAAGGCAAUAAGGACUCCUUCAUGGUGGAUUAAUCGGUCUUGGUGUGAGGCUGCCGCAAUGGAGGAUGUUUGGGGCUUAUGGGCUAAAGGGUGGAGGUCACUAGCUCUGCAGUGGGAUGGCAGCAGGACUUCCAUUUUGCAUUGGAAGGGCCAUCUUCAGUCACUGGGCAUUUCAGACGGACGUGGGGGGAGAGCAUGACCUUUCUCCCUGCCAGUCCAAAGGCAGCAUAAAUGAGAACAAAUGCCUCUUUCCCCUAGUCUCCCUCUGUUUUGCAGUAGAGGAAACUGCUCAAACCCCAUCAAUGAGUUUUCCAAGAAUAAAAUCAUAAAUUUAAUGGAUUUGUUUUUAUACUCUCCUUGGGUUUGCUCUUGUCUUUUAUGAACGUUUUAUCCUGAAGUGUGACGCAGUAAAAUAACUGCUGGAAUAAACUUCUCUGCCUUCCCUCUUG